UUACAGGAUUUACGUCCAAACACCGUCUUCUCCUAGAGGGGAUGAUUACCAGCAUUGUUUUCGAGCCAUCGGGAUCAUUACCUCAAAAUAAUAUUCACUAUUUGAUGAUGCUGACAAAUCAUUGUUGACUGUUAAUGUUAAUUAAAUAAGUUUAUUAGUUUAGACUUGUAUUUCUAUCGAUAUGGCGAGGUACUCGAGUGACUCCGAUUCAGAUCGGAGUGGAAAAUAUAGAAAAAAGCAUUAUAGGAGAUCAAGAUCCAGCAGCUCUGACUCCAGCGACAGUUCCUCCUACCGUAAACGAUCCUCCAAAUAUUCAAAAUCACGAAGACACCGACGCUCUCGCUCGAAAAGCCGGGAUAAUCAAAGAUCCUCAAAAAGUUACAAGACGUCUGGAGGGAGCUCAAGGGAUAGGGAUAGGCACAGACAUAAAUCCCUUGAUAGGAAUAAGAAAAAAACGAGAUCUGCGUCGAGGGAAAAAUCCACGAGUAGAUCCAGCAGUUCUCAGUCUUACGUCAAAACGACCACCGAGAAGAACAUUAAUACUCUGGCGAAAGGAUUUCUGGGAUUUUCACUUGCAGAUGAGUUUGCCAUCGAGCCAAGAAUAAAUCCGAACGUUCUGGAUGAAAUCAAUGCAUCGGGCUUCACUCAAAAGCAGUUUACGUCAUCGGCGCAGAGCAAAGAGAAGAAGCCAAACAAAAAUAUUGUGAUUGGUAUAGCUAGUGAUGCUAUUCAAGUACCUCUAACUGCGACAACCCCCGCAGCGAUUUAUGAGAGCAUUUUUCACACUUCUAUUAUGAUGGAUCAAGACGCCCGUUUUGAUAGAUGGGUAAAAAAACUGUUCAACUUGCGACAGAAAGCUAUAACAGAAUUAUCAUCGACCAUUACAUCUCAGUAAUAUUUAAUAUUAUCUGAUAAAUUAAAAUCUACGUGGAACGUCAAUAUGUACAAAGCUGAAAUAAAAAAACCCUCAAAUAUAA